CAAAUCAUCUUUUUAGACAGUAGUUGGUGACUUAAAUUGUUUUUUUCUUUUUUUUUGCUGUAAUGGAGUUGUUGCACCCUGUAUGCUUAGCUAAGGAUAUAUGAAAGAAACUUCAUCAAGAAUGUCUUUCACAUUUAUCCUUGUUUACAUGCCUUGUUAAUCCUUCAUAUCUCCAAAACACCAAAUUUGCAAAAAUGGGUAGUCUUGUUUUCCAUGAAUUCAAAAAGCAAGCUUCUUUUUUCUUCAAAGAAAAGAUCAAGACUGCUAGAUUGGCUUUAACAGAUGUUACACCAGUAGAAUUAUUAACAGAAGAAGCCACAAAUGGAAAUAUGCUAUCACCAAAUGCCUGUAGCAUGAGUGCAAUAUCAAGGGCUGCCUUUGAAGUUGAUGAUUAUUGGAGAAUUGUUGAUAUUUUACACAAGAGAUUGUCAAAGUUUGAUCCAAAGAAUUGGCGUUCCUGUUACAAUGCUUUAGUUUUAUUGGAACAUCUGUUAACUCAUGGUCCUUUAAGGGUUGCUGAGGAGUUUCAGAAUGAUAAAGAUUCAAUCAAGGAAAUGGGAGAUUUUCAAUAUAUCGAUGAGAAAAGGUUCAAUUGGGGCUUGAAUGUCAGAAAAUUAUCAGAGAAAACCUUGAUGUUACUUGAAAAUGAGUCAUUCCUCAAAGGAGAAAGAGCAAGAGCUCGAAGACUAACAAUGGGGAUCAAAGGUUUUGGGAGCUUCAACCAGUUUUCCUCUUCAAGGGAUGAAAGUUUCAAGUCGUUUACCAACUAUGGAAGAUCGAAUUCUCAAAACCAUGGGGAAGACUAUUUCAUGGAAUUUAAAGAGAAAGUCCCAUCAAAGGAAGGGAUCAGAAUAACAGAAGAAGACAGCUACAAUCAGAUCAAGUUAGCUCCAGAGAAGCAAAAACUCAACACUAAUCAGUCUUUGGAAAUCAAUGGAGAUAGAUUUAACAGAGAAACGGAACAUCCAUUCUGUGAGGAUGGUCAGCAAGAGACUGAAGAAUCAUUGCUUUCUCCAAUCAUGUGAAAACUUUAUUUGAAAACAAUUUCUUUA